UCCAUCAAUCCUCAUCGCCACCCAACCCGCCGAGUCCCCAAGCAAGUUGAGCAUCCAUCCAUCCAUGGCGGGAGGCAAGUCCACCGGCAAUGCCGCGCGCAGCAGGAAGCGCGUCGAGGCAACCGUCCUCAAGCGCUCCAGGGACGGGAGCGCCUUCACCAGAUGCGAGGCCUGCAACAAGGAUGUCCCCGUCGUCCUCAUCGACAUGCACAGCUGCAGCCUCGACGAGAAGAUCAGGAUGACGCUCGAGGCGCAGGUCGUCGAGAAGACCGUCGAGGUCGCCAGUGCGGACCGCAAGAAGUCCUCCGCCAAGGGAGGUGGUAACAAGGACGCCAAGCGCAAGCGCUCGCCCACCGCCUUCUUCCUCUUCAUGGACGACUUCAGGAAGGAGUUCAAGGCCACCCAUCCUGACAACAAGAGUGUCGCCACCGUUGCAAAGGAAGGAGGGGAGAGGUGGAAGUCCAUGACAGACGAGGAGAAGAAGCCUUACAUUGAAAAGGCCGCGGAGCUCAAGGCUGAGGCCGAGAAUGGCGAGGGCAGUGGUGAGAACAAUGUUGCCACUAAGAAAGCCAAGACAGAUGACCAGGAGGUGGAUCAGCCAGCAAAGAAGCUCAGAAAGUGCAAGGCUCUUCACGAGGACGAGGAUGACGAUGGUGACCAGGAAGACGAGGAUGAGAAGAACGAGUUGGAUGACGACAUGUAGAUGGCAGAGGCCACUCUCCCAUCUCUGUAAAUGGAUGGCAGAUGUGAGCGUCUAGUUAGAAAUGUCACUUGUUUCAAGCUAGAGGGAAGAGGAAGAUAGUCAGUAGUGAAUAUCCCCCGUUAUCGUUGCUACAUGAAUGAACUAUUCUAUGAUGCAGUUCUGUCUGCUUUCAUCU